AUUAAGUCAUUAACACAUCCCAUCCCAGUUCCAAAAUCCAAACAUUUACCAGAGAAGAUCGAGAAAUUAAAACAUGGCAGAUGGCUACAAUAACUCUUCAUCUCAGCCGCCAUUAUUAUCACUGCACCUCUGCUUCUUCCUCCUAAUACUCUUCAUGUUCGUAAGCAUCACAUGGUACAUCAACUACGAGUCCAUAUUCGAGGGAAUGAUGGAGCAGAUUAAGCUUCUUCUAAUGGUGUCGCCAUUGCUGCUUCUGCUGGUAGUUCACCUCCUCUCCACGCUGGAGAAGUCGUCGGUGUUCUUCUUCCCGUUGCCGGAAAGGGACUCCAUCCACCGCGCCGGCGGAACCCCCUGGGGAGUUGCCUUGCUGCUCGUGCUCCUCCUCUUCAUGAUUUCCUAUCAGUCCGAUUUUCGCGAACGCUGGUUCCCCCUGCUCGCCAGAUGAUUCCUUCAAUUCAACUUGGCCAUAUCAAUCCACAUAUAUGAUGUAAUAUAGUUUAAUCAUUUACCAUCAUCAGCUUUUCACCUUUUUUUUUUUUUUUUUUUUUUUUUUUUUUUUUUUUUUAAUAUCUAGUAGCUUGAUAAAUGAUACACCAUUCCUACCAU